AUGACCAAGUCCUUUAUGUCAUCUCCGGCCUCAUCAUCGAAAGGUAAACCGCCCGGCGGCCCGGACCCUUACGUCUACACUAGUGGUCGAUGGCUGCAUCGUGACCAACUACAGCGUACAUCACGUUCAAUACACUUUGACUUCACUGCACUCUGCGCAAAAGUAGUAGAACUGUGCCCGGGUGCCCACGAGAUAGCCAGCUACGACAAGAAGGAGGGUGGUUUUAAUAGAGUUUUCCUUUUCACUAUGGACAAUGGAGCACGCGUUGCCGCUCGAUUAUCAUUUCGCGUUACAGGCCCAGCACGAUUGACGACUCACUCCGAAGUUGCAACAAUGGCGAAUAGUCAGCUCGUCCCCGUUAUAACUGCCUUCCUCGAUGCUAACGAGUUCCUAGUUCGAAAGAAUACUAACAUCCCAGUCCUAGAAGUCCUCGAAUGGAAUGACGACAAAACGAACGCAGUCGGCGCCGAGUAUAUCAUUAUGGAGCAUGCGCCUGGCGUGCAGCUGCAUGGGCUUUGGCCCGGAAUGAACCCGGAGCAGCAUAUGCUAACUAUCAAAGCUCUUGCAGAACUAAUACAAUCUCAAUUUAAAUUUCCUCUUGGAGAUGGAGACUUUUGUAUUGGGCCGCAUUGUGGUUGGGAAUACUGGGAUUGCGCAGCUGGUGAAGCUCGUUACUAUGAUCAGAGAAAGCCUAACAGUGGCCCUUGGCUAGAUCUGAGCCAGUACUGCUCAGCACUACUAGAUACUGGGUUUUCGCGUAUUCCUAGUGCUGAGGUUGCUCCAAAGGAUGAGCUUGUGUAUCGGGGAUCUGUCCAAGAGCAUCUCCGGUUAUUAAAAAUCAAUGAGAAGGUUAUUCCGGAGUUGAUCAAAAGCCAAUUGAUCUAA